AUGCAGUGGUUAUGGAAUCAGGAUGCAUCUCGAGAUUUGCUCCUUGCAGUUCAUCCUCCCAAUUAUAUUGUGUUAUGGAAUGCUGAUACUGGCACCAAACUGUGGAAGAAAAGUUAUGCAGAAAACAUUCUUUCUUUUUCAUUUGAUCCUUUUGAUCCUUCAAAUUUAACACUGCUUACAAGUGAGGGAAUAGUGUUUAUUUCAGACUUCUCCCCUUCUAAAGCUCCUAUCAGUUCAGGAAAAAAGGUUUACAUUUCCAGCCCUCAUUCUAGUCCCGUUCAUAACAAGUUGGUAUCUGCCACAGGAGCUAAAAAGGCUCUGGAUAAAGUAAAAAUUCUUAUCACUAAUGAAAAACCAAGUGCUGAAUCAGUAACACUGAAUGAAUGCCUUCAGCUAUCCUACCUUCCUUCCAAGCGAAACUACAUGUUAUUACUGUACCCAAGAGAAAUCUUGGUUCUGGAUCUUGAAGUCAAUCAGACAGUAGGUGUAAUAGCAAUUGAAAGAACAGGAGUGCCUUUUCUACAGGUAAUCCCUUGUUGUCAGCGUGAUGGAUUGUUCUGCCUGCAUGAAAAUGGUUGUAUAACUCUGAGAGUUCGCAGAUCUGCCAAUAAUUUAAGCAUUGCACCAAAUGAAGAGUCAGAUCCUGACCCCAUUCAGGAGCUCAUCUAUGACUUACGAAGUCAGUGUGAUGCUAUCAGGGUUACCAAGACUGUUCGCCCAUUUAGUAUGGUGAGCUGUCCAGUGAAUGAAAAUUCUGUAGCUCUUAUAGUCAGUGAUGGAAGGGUAAUGAUAUGGGAGCUGAAGUCCACCAUUUCAGGCCCAGGUAUACGUACCAGCCAUUCCAAUGUAUCACCCUUGUAUUCACCUAUCUCGUUCUGUGGAAUUCCUGUUGGAACAUUUCAGAACAAGCUUCCAGACCUGUCGUUAGAUAAUAUGAUAGGUCAAGGUGCACUGUCUACCGAAGAGCAACUAAAAAGUUAUUGUUUGCAAGAAGUGCAUUUGAAGUUCCUUUUAACAGGACUACUUUCAGGACUUCCUUUGCCUCCAUUUGCUAUUCGCAUGUGUCCACCUCUUACCACUAAAAAUAUUAAGCAAUAUCAGCCGUUGCUUGCUGUUGGAACAAGCAAUGGGUCAGUCUUGGUGUAUAAUCUUACCAGUGGAUUCCUAUAUAAAGAAUUAAGCAUUCAUUCCUGUGAAGUCAAGGGUAUUGAAUGGACAGGCUUGACUGGCUUUCUUUCAUUUGCUACAUCUACGCCUAAUAAUCUGGGAUUAGUGAGAAACGAAUUACAAAUGGUCGACCUUCCCACAGGUAGAAGCAUUGCCUUUCGUGGGGAGCGAGGCAGCGAUGAACCAGCCAUUGAAAUGAUAAAGGUGUCUCACUUGAAGCAGUAUUUGGCAGUUGUAUUCAAAGAUAAACCUUUGGAAUUAUGGGAUAUCAGGACAUGUACUCUUCUGAGAGAAAUGUCAAAAAACUUCCCUACAAUUACUGCUUUGGAAUGGUCUCCUUCUCAUAAUCUAAAGAGUUUAAGAAAGAAGCAGCUUGCAGCCCGUGAGGCGAUGGCGCGGCAAACAGUGGUAUCAGACACAGAGCAGAGCAGUCUGGAGUCUUCAAUGAUCAGCUUGUUGCAGGAAGCAGAGAGUAAAUCUGAAUUAAGCCAGAACAUUUCUGCUCGGGAGCACUUUGUUUUUACAGAUACUGAUGGACAAGUUUAUCACUUGACAGUGGAGGGGAAUUCUGUCAAAGACAGUGCAAGAAUUCCACCUGAUGGAAGUAUGGGCAGUAUUACAUGCAUUGCAUGGAAAGGUGAUAUCUUGGUUCUGGGAGAUGUUGAUGGCAAUUUGAACUUCUGGGAUUUAAAAGCUCGUGUAUCCAGGGGCAUCCCUACACACCGAGGCUGGGUGAGGAAGAUACGCUUUGCUCCUGGGAAAGGAAAUCAAAAGCUGAUAGCAAUGUACAAUGACGGGGCUGAAGUUUGGGAUACAAAGGAGGUACAGAUGGUAAGCAGUUUAAGAAGUGGCAGAAAUGUCAGUUUCCGAGUACUUGAUGUUGACUGGUGCACCUCAGAUAAAGUGAUCUUAGCUUCAGAUGAUGGUUGCAUCAGAGUGCUAGAAAUGACAAUGAAGCCUGCAUGCUUUAAAAAAGACUCUAAACACCUUACAAAACCCGUAUGGUGUCCAUAUCUUCUUCCUCCAAGAGCAUCUUUAACUUUAAAAGCUUUCUUACUUCACCAGCCUUGGGAUAAUAAGUAUUCUUUGGACAUAUUAUACAUAAAUUAUCCAGAGAAUGAAAAUGUUAAAAAUAUGUUGCAAGAGCAAUUGUACUCAUUGUCCAAUGAUGUCAAGAAACUUUUGCUUGAUCCGGAGUUUACUCUCUUGCAACGAUGCUUAUUGGUUUCAAGGUUGUAUGGGGAUGAAUCUGAACUUCAUUUUUGGACGGUUGCUGCCCAUUAUUUACAUACUUAUUCCUGUAACAAAUCAUUAACCAUAAAGGCAGAAGACACACUUGUUUCUCAAGAAAAAUGGAUCAGUCCACUAGAUAUAUGUUACGAUACUCUCUGUGAAAAUUCCUAUUUCCAGAAAUUCCAGCUUGAAAGAAUCAAUAUUCAAGAAGUUAAAAGAUCAAAUUAUGAUCACACAAGGAAAUGCACAGAUCAGCUCUUGCUUUUGGGCCAGACUGAUAGAGCUGUGCAGUUGCUUUUGGAAACCAGUGCUGAGAACCCUUAUUAUUACUGUGAUUCACUCAAGGCAUGUCUUGUCACCACAGUUACUUCCUCUGGCCCUUCCCAAAGUACCAUUAAAUUGGUAGCAACAAACAUGAUUGCAAAUGGAAAGCUGGCAGAGGGUGUCCAGUUGCUGUGUUUAAUAGAUAAAGCUGCUGAUGCCUGUCGUUACCUACAAACCUAUGGUGAAUGGAAUCGAGCAGCGUGGCUUGCAAAAGUUCGCCUGAAUGCAGAGGAAUGUACCGAUGUUUUGAAGCGUUGGGUGGAUCAUCUUUGUUCUCCACAAAUCAAUCAAAAAUCCAAGGCGAUCCUUGUUCUUCUUUCCUUGGGUUGUUUCAUGAGAGUGGCAGAGAUGUUACAUAGCAUGAGGCAUUUUGAUCGAGCUGCACUGUUUCUUGAAGCCUGCCUCAAGUAUGGCACUAUUGAAGUUAAUGAAGAUGCAAAAAAAUUAAUCCAUGCAAUAUUUGCAGAUUAUGCCAGAAGCCUGAAGUCUCUGGGGUUUAAGCAGGCUGCUGUUUUGUUUGCCACCAAAGCAGGAGUACCAGGCAAAAAUCUAUUGAGUGAACUUGAACAACUGAAGGAAGGGAUCAAAGAAUGAGAACUCUUUAGAAGACAGCUAGAAGUUGAGAUUUCCCAUGGGAUGAGUCAUCAGUGCAAUAUUUCUUCAGAAACAGUGAAGGUUUUUUUUAAAAAAAUACACAUCUUUUAUCACAAUAGAAAUAUAACUAAAGAAUGUCUUGUAUUUUGUUUUAACAUUGGUAGAGAUACUUUUGGGGUAAACAGUGUUAUAUUUGUCUUUGACUAAAAACUGUGUCUGUAAAAGCUUUUAGCAACAUAAGAAAAUGGAUAUUUAUCUUAAAGUAUGGUUUAAAAUUUGUGAACUAGAGUCAGUCCAACAUUUUGCUGCUCCACAAGAUUUAACAUUGCAUCCAUGUGUCCCUGAAGUUAUGCAAAUGAUACUGAAAAAACUUUCACACUGCACAAGUCACACAGAUAUAUUCCAGCAUGGUUUGAAAUUGUUACAUCUGGUUUAAUCUUCAUUGGUUUACAGAAGUGAGUAAAUAUAUUCCUGAUCCAAACUAUUUAUGCAUUCAGCAUUAUAGCUAUACUGACGUUUUAUUGUGAAAUGUGCACGUACAAGAAGAUUCUCUUGCCAAAAAGUUAAAUGAGUUGCAUAAAACUCAGAUAGUUUCUCAAAUAAUCCUGGAUACUAAUCACAGGUUAGAAAUAUACAUAAAGUUGUUCAAAGGAAACUUGUACAUGUCAGUGUAAAGCCAUUUUGCAGUCCUCAAACCUGCAAAUGCUGUUUUAUUCCCAACUGUGAUAAAGUUUAAACAAAACACUUGUAGAUUUUCUCCAUACACCCCAACCUGUGUUUAGUAAUAAAAGAACUGUUGUAAACUGGGGAAUUAGGGAAAAGCAAUUUAUGAAAUUCCAAAGAGUCAGUUGAACGUGCUUUUCAAUAAUAAUGUAGAAAAAGACCUAUCUAGUUCAUCCUGUUUCUCCCAGUGGCCAGCCCAAAUCCUGAGGGUCAUACAUUCUCCAGUCGUGUUAUUUAGAAGCAUGCUGCUUCUGCCUCUGGAUUUAGAUGAUAGCAUCACAAAAAGUGACUGCUGAUCAUCUAAUCUUCCAUGAAUUUGUUUUAUCUCGUUUAAAGCUAUCUAAAUGGUGGCCAUAAUGAACAUGCAACCAGAUGAAGAUGGUUUUGGCUUAGCUCCAUCUAGUUUUACUCUAACAGCUGCUUAACAGAUCUUUCUGUUUUAACUUUUUAACACCAGACUUAUGUAUUAGUUCUUUUCUGUGUGUAUCAUUGCAUUAUGUGUGUUUAAUCACAUACUUCAGAGAUAAAUUCUAAUUACAAACUGCCCCUUUUUGGUUGCUGAGGUUAUCAAAGCCUUCUAAUUUCACUGUGUUGGAUUAUUAUCCCAUAAAAUGUAUUGGUAGAAUAAAUCUAAAUAUCAGAAUAUACUCAGUCUUUGGAGCAGAGAGAGAUUAACGUAGCUGUAUUCAUCCUGAUGGUAAGCAGGAUAAGCCAUUCUAUAAGAGCAUCACUUGAAUCUAUGAUGAUAGCAGAGGAGGAGUGAACCAACAUAAUAAGGCUUUAAUAAAUUCUGUUUCCAAGCAAGCUGAAAUAAACAUUUACUUCUAUGAUUGCAUAUUAAUAGGGAAUACAUGAUAACAAUAUUCAGCUGAAUGUGCUUGUUUUCAGGCUUUUUUUGCAUUCCAUAUUUUUAAAAUUUCACCAUGAUUUGCAUAAGAGCUGGAGUUCUGCAUCCUCACAUCUGACAAUAGGCAGCUUUGUUAACUAGAAAAACCAAUCAGUGCAUAAUGUGCUAUUGAAGUAUUGUGAAACAAAUUUUUUACUGGGAUCACAACAAUUACAAUUAUACUGCUUAAUAGUAGUGCAUUUGGAGCAGUGAAGGAACAAUGAAAAUGGGGGGGGGGGGUCCAGCAACUCAUACAAGUUUUCAGAGAGAAACACUUUUAUACCUGGAUCUGCAAAUACUUUUCUGUAAACCAGGUAAUCAGUUCUGGGUGUAAUGUAAAUGCAUAGGACUGAGAAUUCAUUGUAACACUUUUGAAAAUCUCAUAUCUCUCUAUAUCAUACAAAGCAAUUCACAGAUUAGUAUUUAAUUCUGAUUUCAAAAGCACUAGGGUUUAAGGCUGAAAAUAUUUUAAUCUUGAUUUGUACAUUAUUUGAAUCAUAGGAGACUUUUUACUGUUUUGGGGCUCUUCGAUAACAAGAUAGUUUGAAUGGGUUAGUAAGUGAUAGUAUGUAAAGAGCAUGAUUGAAUUAAAAUAGCUGUAGUAAUCACAUGAGACUAAAUAGAUUCAUCUAAAGCAUGGCUGAAAAUAACUAUUCAGAGGUUAUUGGUGGUAUCUGGGACCAUUUAUAUAGUAUUUCCAGUGCAGUGAUCCAGGGAAAUCCAGCAUAAAAGCAUUCUUUUCAGUUUGCAAGACUUAAUUUAUUAUUUUCUAGCAACACUGGCUAGGGAAUAUUAGAAGUCAGAAUGGGCAUUAUUCUAGUGGAAACAGUUGAUCCAUGGUUACUGUAAUCGGAACGUCUAUGUGAUGUAAUGCUGCCAUUACAGCAUUUUUAAUCAUGCUAAAAAUAUGGAUAAUUGCAUGGAAGUACUCAUAUUUCCUUGUAGUUAGAACCUAACUAGACAACUGAGGGAUAUUAACCCACAUUUUCCUGACAACAGCUUGUAAAAAUGUAUAUGUUGUUAUUAUGUAAUGACAGUAGUGUUGCCCUGCCUGCCCCCUAUAAGCUACAAACAAUGAAUUGGUAUGGGAGCCUCGUUACCAGUUCUGAAUAUUACAUCACAGCUGUUUCUAUGAGACUUGCUAGGAGGGCAAAAAUUAUUUGCAGACAAACUCUGCCUAUAAUGUAAAUUAGGCAUUUAGUAAUAAGCAUAUAAUUAAAUAUUUGAAUGAAUGCUUUGCUUCAGUGAAUGUUCAAAUAAGGCAACCUCUUGGACCUUCAUGAAACAACAUAGCCGCUUCUUUUCUAAAACUGAUCAUUUUGCAUUACUUUCCUUUGUGGACCCUCUCAGCCUUCUGCAAGCUUGCAAUGUCUUCCAGGCUGGACAGCUUCAUUAAAUAUUAUGGGUAGUGCUCUAGUACACACCAAAGCAGCCUAGCUGGAGCCUCCCUAGUGUGCACCAAAGCUCUUCCAGGAUGGACAGAGCCAGAAUAUUCUGAAUUCCACCACAUGCAGUUGCCCGACCUUGAAGCAUUUUGCCCAGCUCCGGGGGACUGUUUAUUUCGAUGAAGAAAAUUACGCUUGUCAGUGCAAGUCUAAAUGGCUUUGCGUAGGCCUAAUUGAGGAAAUACAUAAUAGAACUAGCUUUUUGUUGAAAAGAAGUAUACGUAAAAUAAAAGUAAGUAACAUUCUUAGCCAUAUUCUGAGUACUAUUUGUUUUACUGUGAAGUGAAGCUACCAUUACAGCAUUUUUCAUCAGACGUUAUAAUUGUCAUUCUAAAAAUCUAUGAGAUGACAUUAGGCAUUUUUAAUUUGUACUGUGAUUUUUAAGACAAGUGCAGGAUACUCAGAAGUCACUCCAACUGGAUAUAAUGAAUUUAUUUCCAAUUAUAAGUGUGUAGGAAUGCAGCCUUAUAGCAUUGUUUAUAUAUUUUGUAUAACUUGGAAAUUAUUUCCAUCAAAAUCUUGUACAAAGAUGUACAAAUCUUAUUAAAUGUUUUUGUUAUGUUGCAAAAUAGUAAUUAAAAUCAAUUUU